UUGAUGCAACUUUGAGAAAAACUACCUCCAAAACGUUUUCUGAAUGUUAUUCACAUUUAAUAGUUUAUUUUCGUGAUUUUAUGAGAUAUUAAUUGACACCAAGUGCAGUCAAAAUGCUGGCGCUGCAGGGAUACGGCAGUAGUGACGAUAAUAGUGGCCCCGAGGAUGAUAUUCCACCAAUUAAAGCCCAGAUUGAGGUUAAGAAUGGGAGUAAGCCACGUAAAAACUCUCCUGAAGCACCAAUUAUUCCAAUUAACAAACCAGUGACGACUCUUCCGCUCCAGAUUUGUGCUGCACCCGAAGUUGUGCCCACUGGCACAGAACUGUGUGUUCACCACGUGGAUUCAACAGCAGUUGAGAUCAAACACAAUCCCAAGUUCGAGGAAUUGUUUGCCCCUGAUGUUGGCCCUGAGAACCCUUUCAGGACUCAACAGCAGCGUGCUACCAAGAAUAUGCUGUCGGGAUUCGUGGAAAAGGCGCAUAUCAGUGAAUUUCAGUUUGAGAAUCAGAGGAGAACGUUCCAAAGUUAUGGCUACGCUCUGGACCCAACAGUGGACGGCACCUCAGAAGAAGGAAAGACAAUGAUAGGAGCCACCGAGGCAGCAGAAGGCACCGGUGGCAAGACAGUAUUCGAAACAACAGCACUCCGUGAAGCAGACAAACGAAAGCGACGUCGUAACAACAAUCCAGACGACAUCGAGGGUUUCCUGGGGCCCUGGGGUGGCUACAUAGACGAGCAGCGAGUGUCCAAGCCCACUGACGAGGAGGCCUCCGAGCUGGAGGAGAUCCUCGCCAAGCGCAACAAACGUGGAAAGCAAGUGGAGGAGAAACCCCUCGAGGAGAAGACAGUCCUCCACAUAAAGGACCCAGUGGACUACCAGGGCCGAUCGUUCCUCCACCCCCCUCAGGACGUCGGUGUGAACCUGCGCUCGGAGUCCCCCCCAGAGCGCUGUUUCCUCCCGAAAUCCCAGAUCCACACGUGGGAGGGGCACACAAAAGGCAUCUCCCAGAUCAAAUGGUUCCCCAAGACUGCGCAUUUGCUGUUGUCCUGCAGCAUGGACUGCAGAGUUAAACUCUGGGAGGUAUACAAGGAGCGAAGGUGUGUCAGGACUUAUUAUGGCCAUCGGCAGGCUGUUCGAGACAUAAGCUUCGAUAACGAUGGGAAGAGGUUCCUCUCCGCUGGGUACGAUCGCUACGUCAAGCUCUGGGACACUGAGACUGGCGCCUGCAUCUCUCGAUUCACCAGCAGAAAAAUUCCCUAUUGUGUCAAGUUCAAUCCUGACUCGGACAAGCAGCAUCUUUUCGUUGCUGGCACCAGCGAUAAGAAGAUCAUCUGCUGGGACACGAGAUCGGGGGAGAUCACUCAGGAGUACGAUCGACAUCUGGGGGCUGUCAACUCCAUAACUUUUGUGGAUGAGAACAGAAGGUUCGUCACGACCUCCGAUGACAAGAGUCUCAGGGUCUGGGAGUGGGACAUACCUGUGGACAUGAAGUACAUCGCCGAUCCCACCAUGCACUCGAUGCCGGCUGUCACUCCCUCGCCCAAUCAGAAGUGGCUGGCUUGCCAGAGCAUGGAUAAUAAGAUUGUCAUUUUCUCGGCGCUGAACAGGUUCAAGAUGAACAGGAAGAAGACGUUCACUGGGCAUAUGGUGGCUGGGUAUGCCUGUGGACUGGACUUCUCACCUGAUAUGAGCUAUUUGGUAUCUGGGGAUGCUGAUGGCAAGGCCUACUGCUGGGACUGGAAGACCACCAAACUUUAUAAGAAGUGGAAGGCACAUGAUGGGGUUUGUAUCUCGGUUUUGUGGCAUCCUCAUGAACCUUCCAGGCUGGCUACUGCUGGCUGGGAUGGCAAGAUCAAGUACUGGGAUUAGAUCUUUAAUGGGAUUAUACUGUAUAUAGCUUUGUGUACAUAAGUGUGUGCUGUUAAAUGAAGGAGGGACAGGAAGUAUUUUGUAUUGAUGACUGGGUGAAUAAAAAAUUAUUCAGAAUUCGAGA